GUGACCCGGGGGGCAGUUGGCGGGUAAGAUGGUGCGGAGCUGGUGCCUGCUGCUGUCGCUUCUCGGCUUGGCUGCUGCCCUGAGUCCGCGGGAGACGCAGACCCGAGAACUGAAAGAACUGAGCGGACUCUGGAGUUUCCGGGCCGAUCGGUCCUCGAGCCGGAACCAAGGAUUCGAGGAGAAAUGGUACCAGCGGCCGCUGAGAGAGACAGGGCCAGUGAUCGACAUGCCUGUUCCAGCAAGUUACAAUGACAUCACACAGGAUCCCACAUUAAGGAACUUCAUUGGCUGGGUUUGGUAUGAAAAAGAGGUUUGGGUUCCUCGAUGUUGGACUUCUGAUGCUGGGAAGAGAGUGGUACUCUACGUUGGUAGUUCCAAUUACUUCUCUGUUGUUUGGGUGAACGGUAUUCAGGUUACCUUCCAUGAAGGUGGCCACCUUCCUUUUGAAGCUGAUGUCACUAAAAUUAUGCAGGAUGGUCUGUCUCCAUAUAGAAUCACCAUAGCAGUAAACAACACACUUACCCUUUAUACUUUACCUCCGGGGAAGAUUCAACACAUGUCAGAUACAAAAAGGUAUCCGCCUGGCUAUUUUGUGCAGAUCAUCCAAUUUGAUUUCUUCAAUUAUGCUGGGAUUCAUCGGCCUGUUCUGUUGUACACUACACCUACCGUCUACAUCGAUGACAUAACAAUUAUAACAGAUAUCCAGGGUGAUAAAGGAAUUAUAAAUUACCAAGUGUCUGUUAGUGGAAGCACACAUUUCUCAUUGACACUGAAACUAUAUGGUCACAAAGGACAGGUUGUUGCCUCUGCCAUUGAUGUACCUUCAGCUGGCCAAUUUAAACUACAUAAUCCUAACCUGUGGUGGCCAUACCUUAUGCAUGAGAAUCCUGCAUACCUGUAUAGCCUUGAGGUGUAUAUGAAGAGCAAAAGUGGUGGCAUUUUGUAUGAAGAUUUUUAUACAUUACCAGUAGGAAUUCGCAAAGUUGAAGUUACUAAGACCCAGUUCCUCAUUAAUGGAAAGCCAUUCUAUUUCCAUGGAGUGAAUAAGCAUGAAGAUUCUGAUAUUCGAGGGAAAGGACUUGACUGGCCAUUGAUUAUCAAGGACUUUAACCUACUUCGUUGGCUGGGAGCAAAUUCAUUUCGUACAAGCCAUUAUCCCUAUGCAGAAGAAAUCAUGGAUUUGUGUGACAAAUAUGGGAUUGUGGUCAUAGAUGAGUGUCCAGGCGUGGGCAUCAGAGAUCCGGUGAGCUUUGGAAAUGAGUCCCUGACUCAUCAUUUAGCUGUAAUGAAAGAGCUGGUGCACAGAGACAAAAACAGGCCAUCAGUGGUAAUGUGGUCGGUAGCUAAUGAACCAGCAUCUGGACUACCACCAGCAGAACAUUACUUCAAGACUGUAAUUUCAGCAACAAAAGCUAUGGAUCCAACCAGACCUGUUACUCUUGUAACAAGCACUAACUAUGACACUGACAAGGCUGUCCAAUACACAGAUGUUGUUUGUGUGAACAGCUAUCUUUCCUGGUACCAUGAUUCAGGCCAUCUAGAGGUCAUUCAAUUGCAACUUACUGAUCAGUUUGAGAAUUGGUAUAAAAAAUACCAGAAACCAAUUAUUCAGAGUGAAUAUGGAGCAGAUACACUUCCAGAACUGCAUAGUGAUCCUCCUGUAAUGUUCACUGAAGAGUAUCAGCAAGCUGUAAUGCGGGAAUAUUUUAAAAUAUUUGAUGUAAAAAGGAAGGACUACUUAAUUGGAGAACUAAUUUGGAAUUUUGCUGACUUCAUGACUGACCAAACCAUUAGACGUGUGAAUGGGAACAGAAAAGGCAUCUUCACUCGUCAGCGGCAACCUAAAACAGCAGCUUUUGUUCUUCGGAAUCGCUACUGGAAACUGGCAAAUGAAACCAGAUACAUUUCUCCAAGGUUCUCUUGCCAGUCUCAAAACGAAGACCAUAACAUCUGUCGAAGGGAUGAAAGAAACUUCUGCACAGCCAAGUCACAAUUUCAUCACCCCUAUUCCCCGUAAAAUAGGUAAGGUAAAAUAGAUAUAAGCAGAGUUUUACCAAGGCCCUGUUAAUUUUGUAAUUUUUGAAUAUCUGUUGCUCAUUUAUAAACAUUUUCCCUGCCUUGUGGAAAUAACCCUCAGCGACUAUUAAAGGUUAACUGUAAUUAACUUUACAAUGUCUCAUUUAUUUUGUAUAAAUGUAUAGAAUUUUCUUAUCAGCAUUAGAACAAAUUCACAGCAAGAGUAAGGAAAUGGAUGACUUCUUAAAUAAAAACUUGAUAAUUAUGAUUGAUUUUUCCCUAAUUUACAAGUGUCAUGAGAUUAAACUGAAAGCUGUUGUUUGACAAAAGGUAUUCAAGGAAAUUUUUAAUGUAUGUUAACCAAGAGCAUGAGAGAGAGACGCACACGCACAAUACCUGCCUCAAAUACCUUCAUUCUCUUUAAAUGACACAUUAAUGAUUGACAAACACAAAAGGUUUUUUUAAAAACUUUUACAACCAAUAAAAUUUUCAAUGACUAUUAAACUAUUUGCCAGACUUUGUUUCAUCAUAUAUGCUGACAGAUUUAGGUACUAAUUUCCACAUAAACACAGACAAGGUGCUUCUGGAAACAUUAAAUAUGCAGUAAUUUACUCAUCCAUUCACUGUAUGUUACACUUCAUAGCUUGAAGAGGUUAAAGCUGACUACAAUAUUUUAGAAAGAAUUUGUUUCAGCAGAACUUAAUCUCAUUUGGCAGGAUUACUGCAGGCAAGUUUUUAAACUUCAUUUCUUUACACAUCCUAACAAGUAAAACUGACAUAGCAAUCCACAUUCUGAAAACACUGAAAUUAGCAGUAACCAAGAAGUGCCAUGAAAAAAAAAUCAAUGUUGUCGGAGAAAUUAUCAAGUAUUGAUCCUUAAGUGAACUUGCUCAGUUUAUGGUUCAUUUUGAAGUCCACCUACACGGUAGAAGCAAUCUUACAAAGUUAACAUUCAAAAAUUACAAGACUUGCUCAUGUAAAUUCUACAUUUAUUUCAUACCAAAAAAUUUGUGCAAUGAAUACACAUUCAUACAUAUUUACAAUUUUUGCUAUUUAGCAAAAUCAUAUUCUUGAACCUAUGUAUAAAAAAACGUUCUCGCCUGUGGCUGUGAAAGGGAUCAAUGCCCAGAGAGUCCACCUUGAAAGUUUUAAUGUGUGCUCAUGAGCUUGAAGCAGCAUUAAUAAAUAACUCUGAUGGAACAUAUUAUACAGAUCAAGAACAUAGUACUUCUGCCAUGCUAGAUAGUUUACAAAAAUAAAGAGCAUCUGUCACCCUGUCAUGUUCAUAAUGAUAAUUUACUGUAAUGAAAACCAUUUUAUUUCACUGUCUUUAAUAGGGGCCCAUUUGCCUAUAUUGAUACCAGUGAUAUGUAGUGAUAGGCCAAUACCAAUAGUUAUGAAUCUAUAUUCAAUUACAGUACAUCAUGAGCAGUAAACAUGGGUUUCAUGCUAGACAGUGCAAUAUUAUCAAACAAUGGUGGUGUAAGAGGGUUAAUACAGUUACAUUGAGACCUUAAAUUUGUCCAUCCUUCUACUGCUGGUAAAAAGAUCCAAUACUAAGAAAUACACAAAAUUUGAACCCAACCCAAAACAGUGGCAAAAAUCAAUAUUCAAUUUGUUUUGCACCAGACAUGUAGAAUUGCAGCUACAUGGUAUAGCCUUACUUCAAAACAGGAUCAAGAAUGCGCAUGUGUGGCCCACAGCCAGGAUAAAAUAACCGUGUAGGAAUAUUUCUUUUCCUUACAGCUUAUUGGGCCACAGGAAUGUCACAUAAUAUUACAAUAGCAUUCAGUGGUCAUCUGGAGCUCAGAGACAGACUUGAGUCACUUACUAUACCAGCAGCUUCAAGAAGCACAGAUACAAUAAAUGUACUUCCCCCAUAUUCAGGAUUCAAACUUUUGAGGCAAGCUUUAACUGUACCCUACUUCCUCUGGAUUAUCUCCAUUCUAUAAAGAAUGUAAUGGCUUUAAACAUCACCAACUAAACAUUUACAGUGCAAGGAUUAAAAAUAAACACAGUUAAGGACACACAAAAACACGUGUUGCAAAAUACUGGUUCCAUAAAUUACUGAUUGCAUAUGCAAUAUCUUGCACAUGAACAAGUUUUAGAUUAAAAUAAAAUUACUAUGUAUUAGCUUUACAUGCAGUCCUUGAUCGACAUAACCCAUUUUAUUUCAGCCAGUAAGCCUGCUGAUUUAAAACUUAUCUCACCCAUUAGACAAAGCACAUCAAACAGUCACUGGAAGUUGGUUUACUGAGCCAUGUAAGAUGAAUUGUGUUCAUAUGUGCAUAGCGUCUGAGGUAUACCAGAAUUGAUACAUUUUUAUCAAAGGUUGUUUCAAGGCAUAAAAAGUUACAUUCAGAAAAAAUAUUGGUUGAACAAUAUUUUUCUGCAAUAAACCAUAUUCACCAGUUCAAAGUUGCAAUGACGUUCAAUUUCAUGGAUUGUGAAAAUGCUUAAAGUAACCUCAUUCUAAUGAUAUCAUAAGCUACUUUAAGAAAUUUCAAAACUGUUCAGAUCUCAGUUAGUGCAAUAGACAAAGUUUUCUUUGAUGUGAAUAAUUACAGUACUGGAAAAAGUUAGUAAAUUUGCUGCAAUUUGUAGUUUUAGGGACACAAAUAUAUUUAAUUGAAAUCUUUAUCUAGUGAAGCAAUGACUACAAGAUAAUCUACCUGUUAUUACUCACUUAAUACACAUUUCCAACAAUAUCUGAGCACCACAGUUUAAACCAGGCAAAAGCCUCUUCAAUGCUAAAUGUCAAUGUGCAUACAAUAGAAUACUCCCAAACUGUUCUGAAAUUAUAAUGAGCAAAUCAGGCAUUUCAAAUUCUGGAUGGCAGUUAAUUGUACAGAAAGAGAGAGAAUCCUUUAUUUAAGCCUCUGUCAUGCAUAUUUAAAUGUUUUAUGGGUCAGAACUGAAUUUAAAUACUUUCUUAAUGGCAGUUAUCAAACUUGCCAUAUAAACAGCUUAUUUCUAUCCAUGAAAUCCAACCAAUUUGAAAGUUAUGUUAUAAGCAAUGCUGCUGAAAUCAACUUGUCUUAAUCGCAUAAACACUUGGCACAAUGGUGUUAUACUGAAGACAAAGGGGCCUCAACCUAAUGAAAACCUCAAAACUUGUCCAUAUUAUAAAAAAAGCUAUGUACAGCGCAAUUAAAUUCAAACCAAAAGGGGUCCAUUAAAUAAGGUCACUAAAGACUCAACUUUUAAGCUUGGGUCUGGCUGACCAGGCAUUUCUAUAGACGUAGUCCUGAUGCUGCUUUAUUCAAGAAUAUUAAAAAUACUGAAACAUAAAAUGUCUAAAGUGCAACUUCAAGUCGUUUUUGUAAAAAACAAAACUAUUAUA